CUACUGACCUUCGGAGAAGAAGAUCAAAACCAAAACCGUGUUUGUGUUUCUUAGUUUUUGACAAACACGGCUAUAAAGUUUAUAAUAUGUUCAAAUCUAGGAACUGGACGGUUAAAUCUAAAAUUAAUUUGCCGAAUAAUUGAUAAAUUGAACCAUCCUGGAACUUCAGUUUGUCAUAUUCUGUACCUCCUAUGAUUGAUGAUCAGAUUAUAUAGUGUCAGAUUAUACAUUGUGUGGGAUGGGAUAGGAAGGCAUGAAAGAAUCGGAUUGCGAGGAUAUUGAGUGGCAGGAUUUUGAGUCUGCAGUCAAAAUAAUCGUAGAAUCUAGAUCACCGUUUCAGCUACAAAAAUUUUUCUGUCAGCAGCUUAUUUGUGAUGGAGAGCCCAAAAGUUUCGAUGAAUACUUGGAUGCAGUGGACAAGUUUGAGGAAUUAAUUCCAGCAGCUGAGACUCGAGGAACGUGGGCUACACGUACACUGCAGAUGGCGUUUCAAGGAAUAUUAGACUGCUCAAUCAGUGUGACCAGUUCUGCAGUCUACUCUAGUAGUGUGUCAAGCUCUUCUGGCUAUGAGUUGCAGGUUAGCAAUUAUACUGGCCAUGGUGAGCUAUCCUCUGGGCAAAUUUAUCGUCUCCGUGGUAUAGUAGAGAGGCUGAAAUCCACAGAAUAUCUUGCAGACUGCAUUGGGGCGUACACGAAAUCAAGGAGAACAGCUGUGGUUGCAAGGUUUCGCAGGUUUGGCAUCAACGAUCUACAAUAUUUGGACGAUCAGGAGUUUGCUGCAAAAAUCAGAUUAUGGAUACACACAGCCAAGACAUUUUACAGCUCUAUCUUCCCUGGGGAGAGGCAAUAUUACAACAACAUCUUUGCUGGUGUAGCGGAGGCAACUUAUGAUAAUUGUUUUCUGGCUAUAGUCCAACUUGUUGCAUCUGAGUUGAACAACCUCGUGAACAUAAGUCCAGCUGUAUCAUUUCAAAGUCUGUUCGCCAUUUUGGACCUGUACAAGGCUUUGCUUGUUAUAUUGCCUGAGAUUAAAAAAAUGUUCCACACUGUGUCAUGCGCAUAUAUUUCUGACGGAGCAAGUUAUACUAUAAAUAGCCUGGAAACUAUAGUAAGAAGAUUGUUUUCCAGGUUCAAGGAUGCUGUGCUUAAUGAGAGCUCAAACACUUUAUCACCAUUAGGCGGAAUUCAUUACAUGACAGACUACACGAUGAAUUUUGUUACGAGCAUUUUACUGUACAAGGAUGUGCUAACAAAUAUAAUUGUAACUCGGCCAACAGAAAGUUUAGGAAAUGAAGCAGAUGAACAAUUUCUGGAAGCUUCAGGCGGUACCCCUUUGCAGCUGCACAUGAUUUGGAUCAUGAUAAGUUUGAGAAAAAAUCUGGAGUCUAAAUCUACUAAUUAUAAAGACCCGUCAUUAGGUCGUGUCUUUAUUAUGAACAAUUUAAACUACAUGACUAAGAUCAUUACAGGGGAUCCGGAACUACUAGAGAUGAUUGGGACGGAGUACCAAACAGAGUUGAGCAAAGAUAUCUCGCAGGCAGCACAGGACUAUGUUUCAUCUAUCUGGCACGGGGUCUUGUACUGUUCAAGACUUGAUGGAUUGAGCUAUAAAAUUCCGUUUGUUAAAGGGAUUUUGAGAAAUUCUGUGAAGAAAAGGUUUAAGAGUUUCAACACUGCAUUUGAAGAGGUUUGUCAGACUGAAUCCACAAGAAUCAUACCAGAUACACACCUGCGUGCUCAGCUUCAUGAGUUGAUACUGAGCAAGUUGCUUCCGGCUUAUGAAUCCUUCUCAGAGAAAUUUGGUAAACACAUACAGAGUGAAAGAUACAAGGAGAGAUACAUCAAGUACUCAUCAGAGGACCUCCAGAAUAAAAUUCAAAAUUUGUUUUUAGAAUAUCUAAUAGUCCCCAGUGGUGCACAAGACAUUGCAACAGUUAUUUAAGACUCUGUUUCACCAUUGAAUAAAAUAUUAGUUAUUGAGACCAAUGCUCCAUAAAUGACACAAUCUUCUUAUGUAAAC